GACUCGAUGACCUCUGGCCCACAACAUGUCUAUGCGGAAUUCAGAGGGAGGACGUCCGCUUCUUCAUACAGCAAAUACCGCCAGAGCCUCAAGACACUCAAACUAUUCCGCAUUUUCUCUUCACAACCACACCCUCUGGAUGGGGCAGGGUUUCUGUCUUUUUCCACAUUUGUCUGGAUGGCGCCUAUGAUGUGGGAUAUAUUCAGGAAUAAGCUGAACAUGAAUGCAAUCAGUCUGUCUGCUCUGGAUGGAUCCCAUGAGAGCGGUCAAAGGCUCCAGAGGUUGUGGGAUGAAGAAGUGUCGAGGGUCGGCUUGGGGAAAGCCUCUCUGGUCCAAGUGCUUCGCUUCAUAAGAACCAGGCUGAUUGUGUCUUCUGUUGUGGGCGUCCUCACCUUUGUGGCUGCAUUUUUGGGUCCGGCAGUUGUGGUGAAUCAGCUCCUGAACUUCGUUGAUAAUCAAGAAAAGUUUGCGCUGUCCUAUGGCCUCGGUCUGGCUUUUGCUUUGUACACUACAGAGUUCAGCAAAACAUUCCUGAUAUCAUUGCUGUGGGCCAUAAACCUACAUACAGCUGUCAGACUCAAGGGCACCUUCUCUACAGUGGCUUAUGAAAAACUCACCUCUUUGCGGGUGCACAGUGGCUUAUCGAUGGGAGAGAUGAUCAGCGUAUUGACCAGUGACGGUCACAGGAUGUUUGAAGCAGUCGUGUUUUCCAGCUUCACACUGACUUCGCCAAUACUGUUAAUUUUGUGUAUCGUCUACGCUUGCUACAUUCUGGGUUACACUGCGCUGACUGGAAUUGUGACGCAUCUCAUCUUCAUUCCUGUACAGUUUACUUUGGCCAAGUUGAUUAAUGCAUACAGGAAGAAAGCCAUAUCGACAGCAGACAGCCGCGUCCGCACAAUGAAUGAGAUUCUGAGCAGCAUCAAAUUAAUCAAGAUGUAUGCCUGGGAAGAGUCCUUUGAAGAAAAGAUCACAGGUAUGAAUUGUCUCUGUGUAUCCCUGUCUGUGGUCUGUCUCCUGUUUGGGUCCUCAUGUUCCCCUCCUGUGUCCUCACCUGCCUUUACCACCAUUGCCAUCUUCAAUGCCAUGAGGUUCUGCCUCGCUUUGCUGCCAGUGUGUGUGAAAUUUAUUUCUGAAGCUGCUGUUUCAACAGCUCGACUGAAGAAACUGUUGCUGAUUGAGAAUCCAGAGCCAUAUUUACUCCACAAAAAGGACAGCAAGUUUGCUGUAGUAAUGGAAAACGCAACAUUUUCCUGGACCAAACAAGUGAGACCAUCGAUGUUUGAACCAAGCACAAUCAAUGGGGUGAAAGGACAUGACAUAUUUAUGUUUUUGGCUAAUGGGAACACUGAAGCUUUGCCAUCACUCAUAAACAUCUCCUCCGCUUUGCCGAAGGGAAACCUUCUUGGUGUCUGUGGGAAUGUGGGGAGUGGGAAGACAUCACUAAUUUCCAGCAUUUUGGAACAGAUGUACCUUCUGAAAGGCUCCAUCACGGUUGAUGGAACCUUUGCCUAUGUUUCCCAGCAAGCCUGGAUAUUCCAUAGAACCCUUCAAGAAAAUAUCCUGAUGGGGGCACCUUUUGACCAGGCAAAGUAUGACAGAGUUUUGGAUGCCUGUAGCCUCAGAGCUGACCUGGCUAUUCUCCCAUUCGGUGAUAAAACUGAGGAGGACAAGGCACCAGGUGAAAAUCCUAUUUCAGUGGAGGAGGUGGAGCUAAGGCAUCGUACAGACAGCGGGAUACUGAACCCAGUGUUUGAUAUGUCAGAUGAGUUGGAUGAUGGCACGCUUUCUGACCACAAAUCUAUCGAAGGUGAGGACAAGCUGGUCACUCAGCAGCACUUCAGCAAAAAUGCCAUCUCCUGGAGAACUUACCACUACUAUUGCAAGGCAGCUGGAGGUUAUAUCAUCACCUUCCUCACCAUCCUGAACAUCAUUCUCAUUAUCGCAUCCACAGCCUUCAACAACUGGUGGCUCAGCUUCUGGUUAGGAAAAGGCACCGGGUCAGCCAACGUGUCCAAUUCAGACAGUGGUGACAUCUCGAAGAAUCCACAGAAAUGGUUCUACCAGAUGAUUUAUGGCGUGAUGGUGGUUGUUAUGGCCAUACUUGCCGUCAUAAAAUGCUUCUCCUACACUCAUGCCACCUUGAAUGCGUCAUGCAAACUCCAUGACUCCAUGUUCAAGAAGAUUAUAACGAGUCCCAUGAGUUUCUUUGACACGACACCAACAGGCCGUAUUCUCAACCGCUUCUCCAGAGACCAGGAUGAGCUGGACAGCAUGCUGCCCAUCAACAUUGACCCAUUCCUCCAGUUGUCAUUGUUGGUCACCUUCACUAUCAUCAUUGUGGCAGCUGCCUUCCCGCCCUUACUGGUGGCUGUGAUCAUUCUGGGAGCUGUGUUCACUCUCUUGCUGCUUGUUUUCCAGAAGAGCAUACGUCAGAUAAAGAGGAUGGAGAACAUCAGUCGCUCUCCGUGCAUCUCUCUGACCACCUCCACCCUGCAGGGCAUCAGCACCGUGCACGCCUACAACAUCAGAGCUGACCUCAUUGUACUGUUCAAGAAUCUGAAUGAUGUCAACUCCAAUCAGUAUUUUUUGUUUCACUCUGGGACACAUUUGCUCUCCGUCACAAUGGAUUUCAUGGCUUCCACUUUAUCCUUCUUGGUGGCGCUGUUUGUUGUCCUGAGCAGCAACCACGUAAUCGAUCCAGCUGUGAAGGGCCUGGCCCUGUCCUACACCAUCCAGUUGACAGGAAUGCUGCAGUACGUGGUGAGGUUGGCCACAGAGGUAGAGGCGAGAUUCAACUCAGUGGAGCGGAUGCAAGAAUACAUCACGAGCUCUAUCUGCUUUACAGCUGUACCAAAUUACGGACUGGAGGUACCCAAGUCCAAUUGGGAAACACCACCAAAGGUGGAUGAAAACAGAAGAGGUGAGGUCCUGUGGGACUUCAAGUUCCAGACGGACGAACAGCUGAUGUCCAUCCAACCAGACAUAGUGGUGAUUGACAAGGAGCAGAAAAUGGAAGUUGUGGUCGAUGUGGCAAAUCCAAGUGAUAGCAACGGGGGACCGUUCGGUCAGCAACACCGGCACUGCAAACAUCUCAAGUCUUUCAUUUCCGCUCCAUUGUGGUGUACAGAAGCAAAAUUUGAAAAGCAAUCACUGUCCAGUUCCAUGCUGAUCCGAGUGUAUGUUCUUGCCCAUAGGUACAAUUUAGACCCCUUCAACAACUACAGUGAUGCAGAGAUAUGGGCAGCGCUAGACAAGACCUACAUGAAGGACUCAAUCUCUAGGCUCGAGCAGAAGCUGCAGUCAGAGGUGUUAAACAAUGGUGAGAAUGGGGCCAAAGAAAGCACCCAUGACGGAGGAUCUGGAGGAUAUUAA